AUAUUAUAAAACUUUGCAUUGAGAAGACCUACACUCGAGAAUCGAGAAUCACUUCAAAAAUAUUAUAGAUUUUGUGUUUUAUAUUGGAGGAUCGUCAACAAGACGUUUUCAUUUUAGUGUUAAUUAUUCAAGUGAAAACAGUAUAAUAAAAAGCGGACACCGGGAAAUUGUUUAUUUUUCCGGGUGAAUUGUUGUUCGGUUUUCGAACUUUUUUUUUGUGCGCUCAGUGAAAUCAAACAAAACGUAAAAAAGAAAGCGGCUUAACUUAAGUUAACGUUUUUGCCUUUGUUAUAAAAAGUUCCUGCACUCUUCAUUUUUACUACACACCACCCAACUGAAAAGGAGACACAAUUCUUAGAAAAAACUAAACUAACUUCUUUUUUUUAACAAAUACUUGAACUUUGAACAUUUCAAAAGCUGAUAACAAGAACGUGGCGGAUAUUAUUAAUAUUUUUAUCGAAUUUUAAUUUGAUUGACAAACUGAAUUCUAAGAAUUAUUUUUUUGUGUCUUAAUAUUCUCAUUAUGGAUUUGCUGUUGGGAAUUUAAAAGACGCUCAGCACUUUGUCAACACACGAAUCUCUAACAACCAACAUUUCAUUAUUUGAGAACUUCGAACAAUUAUCUACACAGUCAAGAUGGCCCUUAGCAACAUCUCAGAAAAUGCCUCAAAUGGCUCAUGGCGUGAAGUUUCACGAUCCGGGCGAACCGAGCAUCAACACCCGAUCGUCAAUCCGUUAUUCUCCAAACGAUUUGAACGUAAAGGUAAAUGUAUGCGCGGAUUUGCCAGGAUUGAUCUUACACAAGAAUCGCAAUCAGAUAACGAAUCCACAAACUCAUCUUCAAGCUCAUCGCAAUCUGGUGACAACGAAGAAUUAUCAGGUACUCAACGAGAAGAAUCUCCAAGUCCAAGAGGACGAAAAUUCGAGCGAAAAUCGCAUGGUCAUAAACACAAGCGGCAUCACUCGAAAUCUUGCGAGAAAAAGAGACAUCACUCAAAAGAGCGUCUUUCCAAGUCAAAGCAUUUGCCAAAAGCAAUUAUUAUACUCGAAUCAGCUAUCAGAAAAUCACAUAAGCACGGGCGACACAGCCAUCAUUUUAAAAAGUGGUCCAAGCAUCACAACCAAGGGGAAGAAUUCCCAGCAAUUUUCAAGAAAGGAAAACAUCAUCACCACUUCCAUAAGUGGUUCAAACAUCAUAAAAACGAAGACCUCGCCACAGCCAUCUUUGAGAAUGGAAUGGGAGGAUUUUCAAAAUUUGGACGAAUGGGUCACAAGCAUGGCCCAAGAAAGCAUCAUGGUGGAGCAACCAGUCACACAGGACAUUCUAUUCGGUGGUGUAGAUGAAUUACUCGUUGAAGAUGAGACUCAAAUCAAUAGUAAUGAGUCUGUUGUUCAACGUCCAAUGAGCAACACAUCAACGAUUUUAUCGUCGAUACAUGAGGAACAAAAUUUUGAUGAUGGAAUGAUGUGGCCAUCUGAUACAUACACCAUCGGAGGUUCACCACCAGUUUUUGAAAACAUCAUUACACAGCAAAAUAUUUACACCACUACAAAUAAAAGUGACGAUUUAUUAGAAAAUGAACUAAGUAUCAUAAAUAAUGAUAAUAAUAUAUUACUGGUGAAAGGGAUUAAUUCGUCUAAUUAUUCUAAGAGUUUAGAUCAUAUUUAUGAAGAUAUAAGUGAAACAAGUCUAGAAUAUAAUAAUAAUAGUCAUUUAGAUUGGAAUAAGGUUGGAUUGAAAUCAGAUAACAAUAAUGUUAUGUUCUCCCCACCACACUUACAACAUACACCAACACCAACACCAUCCCCACUCUUCAAUCAAACGUCAACGUCCAAAAAUGUUUACAUGAACACUAUGUGUUCAUCGUCGUCUUCUUCUUCCACAGCUUCCUCGCCAUCCUUGCCUACAACAUCAACAACGGCAACGGUUCUAACACCAUUGAGCAAUGUCAUACUUCCUACGAAAAACAUAAUGGCUUCACAUAAUAAAUUAUCAACUUUACAAUUGGAUUUAAUUCCACAGACAUUAUCACAGAAAGAAAUUAUCGAUACUCCGGAUGUUAUCAAUACGAUUUUGGCAUGUAGAGCAGAUGAAUUUGAUUUAAUGGCCUACAUUAAUGAUGACACCGUCGACACAGUCAUAUCUACAGAUGUUCCAGAAGUAAUCAAAAAAGAAAUCACGUCAACAAUCUUAUCAAAUAAACCACAGAAACGACCCUAUACCCCAAUAAGUACAAAUAGUAACGAUUCCAGUGAUUCUAUGCCAGUACAAAAAAAAUCAAAAACUUCAACAUCAUACGAAAACACAACUGUACCUGUAGCAAGACGUGGUCGACCGCCAAAAUCACGAACAAAUUCCAUCUCAUCCGAAGACACCGAUAGUUCAAAAUAUCGAGAACUACGUGAUAAAAAUAAUGAAGCAUCUCGACGUUCAAGAAUCAAUCGUAAAGUACGUGAAGCAAAUAUGGAAAAAGAAGCAAACGAAUUAGAACGACAAAAUAUUCGUUUAACAGCACAAGUGAAAGAAUUAGAUCGUUUAGUAUCACGAAUGCGUGACGCAUUAUUAACCACAGUUUUAAAAAAUAAAAGCGCGUAAACUCUUGUCCAACAUCGUUGUUCCCAACCUUAUAAAAAAUAAAA